AUGGACCUCAACGCCCCAGCACAGCAUUCACGAUCCGAUACUGUUCAGCUUCUAGACGCUGUGACACGUCGUCUUGCGCGUCCGGCUUUUCUCUCUAGCAUCACGCCGUCGAGGCUGCCAUCGCAGGCUGCGAGCGAUGCGUCUCUGAGCCCCACACGCGACGAAGCACGGUUGCACUCUGGCCCGCUGUCCAACCAUCGUCAUUCUCAUCUCAACCUCGCAGUAACUGUCGAGGAUGCGCUUGAACACGCUGACCUCGUCUCACCGCUGAUUCAGGAGCCUUGUGCUGACGGCAGCUCACCCAGCGUUGACCAGCGCGUCCUCAAGCACCUGGAACAGGACUUCAUUGGAGCGCGUCACGCGUACGCAAAGAUGGCCUCAGAACGCAACUUCACGACUUUCUCUCACGGCCAUCAGGAUCUUGUACUUGCCGUUGACUUCAACUACUUCGGCACACGCAUGGUGACUGCGAGCUCGGACCAUCGCCUAAAAGUUUGGGACAAGAAGGACGAGUCUUGGUCGCUUGUUGAGAGCUGGAAGGCACACGAUGCUGAGAUCAUCGACGCCAAGUGGAAUGGUCCCUUCAUGGGCGAGGUUGUGGGUAGCAUUGGCGAAGACGGACGCUGUAAGCUCUGGCAGGAGGAUGCUACCGAGGUGCCUCUGUCAGGAAAUCGCUUCAAGCUCAUUGCGAACCUGGUGUCAACUGGCCACGCUCCAUUCAUGUCCCUGGACUUCAAGAACAUCAUGCAAGAGACUUGGCUUGCGUUGAUCACCCGCGAUGGUCGUCUGACUAUCUAUGAACCUUCUGAUCAGAGUAGUCUGAACGAAUGGACAAUACUGGCAGAGCGUUCUGUUUCCGAAGACAACCCUCCGGAUCGCCAGGAUGAAGUAGGUUUCAAGGUCGUGUUUCACAAAGAGAAGCUGCCAUGCUGGACAGCGAUCAUGGCCGGCUUGGACCGUAAAUCACUUUCACUUGCUGUUGCUGCGAUGAAGGAUGUGUUGAUCUUUAGGACUGACAAGGCCAAGCGUUUCUUUCAGGUGGCUAAGCUAGAAGGCUCUCGACAGAUCAUUCGCGAUCUGGCUUGGGCCAACGGAUCUAUGCGAGGCUACGACGUACUUGCAACGGCAAGCAAGGAUGGUGCUAUCCGCAUCUACGAGCUCUCAACGCCUAGCUCAGGCAAAGGUGCCGCUGCUGGAUCAUCGGCUGCUGCUGCAACCUUCACGCCCGUCGAAUCGCCUCGCACAGACCCUCGCAGCAAUGCUCCUUCUGGUAUAGGAGCCGGACUGGCCGGUGCAUCAAAGAGCUCUGAAAUGCCACGUGAGAACGAACAACACCCCGGACGGAUCACGCAGCUGGCGAAGCUCACAGAUGAGCUUACGAACCAUCACGGAGCAGUCUGGCGAGUGGCAUUCUCGCAAAUGGGUGAUUUGCUUGUCUCAACAGGCGACGACGCUUCGAUUCGCACUUGGAAGAAAGCUGUGAACGGACGAUGGGCAGAGUAUGCCGAGAUCGAAACUGCACGCGAGAACUAGUGUCCUUUCUGCGCAAGAAUCAUCCGCGCCUGAUUUCGCUGCGCAUGUUCAUUUGACUGAUGAGGAUAAGAGAUGGGAGUAUAGGCGUUCUGAGGAUCCUGGCAAGGAGUCAUAGCUCUAUAGAGGAGCAGGGCCACACUCAAGAAACACCUCGCAUGGGUGUUGUACGACGUUGCAGAUGCUCCAGGCCAGACGCCUAUAGUGACAG